AGGAUGCCAUGACCAUGGUAGCACUUUUCAAGGAAGAAAGAAAGGUGGGAGUUCUUUCCAGGAUAAUUUUGACAAGAGGAACCCUCGUUACGAACACGGUGGGCAUGAGCUUCCGCCUUCAGAGCGCCAGGAGAAUGAUGGAAGCCUGGAGAUGGGGGAUGUCCACAAGGACCGCCAACUAAGACACACUCCUUAUAGUAUCGAACGCAACAGGAAGCUAGUGAAAUGGCAUAGUGAAGACCAAAUCCAUACUACCACGUGGAGAAACAGAAAACGUCCAGAGAGAAAAAUGAUGGAGGACACGCAAGAUGGAAAAACGAGGGCCUGGUUCAAGGUCACAAUUCCGUACGGGGGAAAGUAUGACAAGGCAUGGCUAAUGAAUUCAAUCCAGAGCCAUUGCAGUGUCCCCUUCACUCCGCUUGAUUUCCACUACUUCCAAAAUCGGGCACACUUCUUUGUGCAAGGUGCUAGUACUGCCUCUGCAUUGAAGGAUGUCAACUAUACGAUUUGUGAUGACCACAACCGGAAGAUAUGUAUAUUUGUCAAUCAUUCUACUGCGCCCUUCUCUGUGAAGAAUAAGUUGAAGCCAAGCCACAUGGAGUUGCUAAAGCUGACCAUGGACAAACGAUAUGAUGUCUUCCAGCAAGCUCUUGAUCUCCAAAGUCUCCGCUUUGACCCAGACUUGACGGGCCGUGAUAUUGAUAUAAUCCUGAAUCGAAGAAACUGCAUGGCUGCCACCCUGAAGAUCAUUGAAUCGAAUUUCCCUGAGCUACUGUCUUUGAACUUGUGCAACAACAAACUGUACCAGCUGGAUGGCCUGUCCGACAUUACAGAGAAGGCCCCCAAAGUCAAGAUCCUGAACCUCUCCAAAAAUGAGCUGAAGUCGGUGUGGGAGUUGGGCAAGGUCAAAGGGCUGAAGCUCGAAGAGCUGUGGCUAGAAGGGAACCCUUUGUGCAGCACCUUCUCUGACGAGUCCGCCUAUGUAAGCGCCAUCCAGGAUUGUUUCCCCAAGUUGUUACGCCUGGACGGCCGAGAGUUAUCCUCAGCAACGACUGUUGACAUUGACAGCUCUGAGUUAAUGAAACCCUGCGAGGAAAGCUGUAAUGGAUCUGAGACCCUAAAGCAUAUAGUCCUGCGGUUCCUGCAGCAGUAUUACUCGAUCUAUGACUCUGGAGAUAGACGGGGCCUCCUUGGUGCUUACCAUGAGGAGGCCUGCUUCUCCGUGACUAUUCCCUUCAACCCCGAGGACUCAGCCCCGAAGAGCUUGAGCCAGUACUUCGAGGAUAGCAGGAAUAUAAAAACACUCAAGGACCCCUACCUGAGGGAGGAACUGCUGAAACACACAAAACGUGACAUUGUGGACUUCCUCAGUGCAUUGCCCAAGACUCAGCAUGACCUCAGCUCCAUCCUGGUGGACAUGUGGUACCAGACGAAAUGGAUGCUCUGCUUUUCUGUCAACGGGGUGUUCAAGGAAGUGGAAGGACAGUCUCAGGGUUCUGUUCUCGCCUUCACCCGGACCUUCAUUGCUACCCCUGGUAGCAAUUCCAGUCUGUGCAUCGUGAAUGACGAGCUGUUUGUGAGGGACGCCAGCCCCCAAGAGACUCAGAGUGCCUUCUCCAUCCCAGUGUCCACACCCUCCUCCAGCUCUGAGCCCUCCCUCUCCCGGGAGCAGCAGGAAAUGGUGCAGGCUUUCUCUGCCCAGUCUGGGAUGAAGCUGGAAUGGUCUCAGAAACUAGGAAAUUCCCAGGCGAAGGAGCUCCACGGUGGCCAGAGCAGCUGUUUCGGCCAGCGCGGCUGCUUUGUCGGCGCCCCAGAGCCGCGGUUCUCCAUACAAAAUACACCGGUCCGGGUGCCCUUUUGGCUGGCGAUUGGAGCCACGGGAAGUCGCCCAUUCGCCGGUUCAAAAAGGGGACUGAGCAGAGAACCAGGACAGUAG